UUUCGGGUUAGAACUUCUUUCCUUCGAUUUUUUUUUCAAAAAAAAAUUUAUAUAAGAACCAUUUCUGGCACUUAGAUAGAUCGCACAAGUUUACAGCUGACACUCCAAUGGCAAGCAAAAGUUUUAGUCUUUCAUGGCUACUCCUCAGUCUCGCCUCCACUCUCCUUGUUGCUCAUUCAGUUUCUGAGGAUGACCGAAAGGCUUAUAUUGUGUAUAUGGGCAACAGGAAGAUGGACGAAGUUUCCACAUCAUCCCUUCACACAAGCAUGCUACAAGACGUCAUUGGCAGCAAUGUUGGACCAGAAUCACUGCUCUAUAGCUACAAAAAAAGUUUCAGUGGAUUUGCAGUGGAGCUAACCGAGCAAGAAGCCCAAACAAUGGCUGGAAUGGACGGCGUAGUGUCCGUGUUCCCUAACGAACAGAAAAAGCUUCAUACAACAAGGUCAUGGGACUUCCUUGGAUUUCCACAACAAGUUAAGCGAUCAGCUGUAGAAAGUGACAUCGUUAUAGGAGUUCUUGACACCGGAAUUUGGCCGGAGUCUGAUAGCUUUAAUGACAAAGGAUUUGGUCCACCACCUAGCAAAUGGAAGGGAUCCUGCCGAGCCUCAACAAAUUUCACUUGCAACAAUAAAAUCAUUGGAGCACAAUAUUACAGUAGCUCUGGAGAAUUUGAAGUAACUGAUAUAAAAUCUCCUAGAGACACAGAUGGCCACGGGACACAUGUUGCAUCAACAGCAGGUGGGAACGUGGUUAACAUGGCAAGCGUGCAGGGCAUUGGCUUGGGAACAGCACGAGGAGCGGUUCCAUCAGCACGUAUUGCUGUUUACAAAGUAUGUUGGACCAUUGGGUGUUCUGAUGCUGACAUUCUUGCGGCAUUUGAUGAUGCCAUCGCUGAUGGUGUUGACAUAAUAACUAUUUCCGUCGGUGGAUCCACUGGGUCAUAUUUUACCGAUUCAAUAUCCAUUGGUGCCUUUCAUGCUAUGAGAAAUGGAAUCUUGGCAUCAACUUCUGCUGGGAACAGGGGUCCAGGUCUAGCAACCAUCACAAACUUUUCGCCAUGGUCUCUCACUGUGGCUGCAAGCACUAUCGAUCGAAAGUUCAUCACUGAGGUCCAAUUGGGUAACAGCAAGAUCUAUGAGGGAAUUUCAAUUAAUACAUUUGACCCCAAGAACGAAACGUAUCCCAUAAUUUAUGGAGGUGAUGCGCCAAACACCACAGAAUUUUCCUUGGGGCUCCCAGCCAGGUAUUGCUUCCCAGAUUCGCUGGACAAAAAUUUGGUGAAAGGGAAAAUUGUACUUUGCGAUGGCCUGGGUGACGGGGAAGGGCCAUUAUUAGCCGGUGCAGUUGGCACUGUGUAUCAAGGCCGACGCACUGAUGUGGCUUACUCUUUUCCCUUGCCCGCAUCUUCCCUUCGCCCGGAGGAUGCUGCCAGCGUUUACUUAUACAUUAAUACGACAAGGGGACCAACUGCGAGUAUUCGUAGGACCAAAGAGCGUAAAGAUGCAUUUGCCCCCUACAUUCCCUCCUUCUCAUCAAGGGGUCCAAAUCCUGCUACACCCAACAUUCUCAAGCCGGAUUUAGCUGCUCCCGGAAACAACAUUCUAGCAGCCUGGUCUCCGAUUUCCCCAAUUUCUGAAGUGGAAGAGGAUAAAAGAGCACUGUCAUAUAAUAUACUAUCCGGGACAUCAAUGGCUUGCCCACAUGCUUCAGGGGUGGCUGCCUACAUCAAAUCCUUCCACCCCACAUGGUCGCCUGCCGCUAUCAAGUCGGCUCUUAUGACUACUGCUAUCCCCAUGAGUGCCGGAAAGAAUCCAGAGGCUGAAUUUGCAUACGGUGCAGGCAAUCUAAAUCCUCUUCAGGCACCUUAUCCUGGUUUAGUAUAUGAUAUUGAUACGCUUGACUACGUAAAAUUUUUGUGUGGACAAGGAUACAAUACUAAGUUAUUACAAAUUCUUGCUGGGAACAACAAUACCUGUUCCGAAGCUACUAAUGGAACCGUCUUUGAUCUAAACUAUCCUUCCUUUGCCCUAGCCACGCCUCCCUUGGAAUCUAUCAGUCAAGUUUUCAACCGGACCGUUACAAAUGUUGGAUCACCAACGUCUACAUAUACAGCUGUUGUGACCACUCCACCUGGACUUAUAAUCAAAGUGAACCCUAGCAUUCUUUCAUUCACAUCUCUUGGACAACAGCUAUCGUUUGCACUCACGAUUGAAGGAAAGAUAGAGAGUUCUGUUGUAUCUGCUGCUUUAGUGUGGACUGAUGGUAACUUUCGAGUGAGGAGCCCCAUUGUUGUGUCUGUUCCAUGAUUCGUGAACAUUCUAUGCUACAUGUAUUACUUAAAUAAUUGAAGCAAAAGCCUGGAAGGAAUUUGCCCAAUAUAGCAGUGGCGGAACGUGUAGGAAAAUGGUUGUAAUUUUUGAGCCUUUGCUCCAGUUCUUCACUGCAUUGUAGUGUACCAAAUAACGAUUCUGUUUCUAAUUUAAUGCUCUAUUCUGAGUUGUUUUCAA